AGCGUCAUCACGUUACUAGAAGUAUGGCAGCUCCACUAAACAGCGUGGGUAAACUCUCAGCUGAGCGUUCAUCGUUCAGUAGUAAUGCUACGAGUUUUCAGAAGAAAACAAGGAGCAAGUUAAUUUCUAUACUUGGUACCAGACCUUCGGUUCAAAAUGGACAGCUCUUAGUUUCAACUGGUGUUACAUCACUCGACUAUUUGCUCGGUGGUGGAUUAGCAGUGGGUACAGUACUUCUCAUAGAGGAGGACCGAUAUGAUAGCUACUCUCAUAUGAUCUUAAAAUACUUCCUAGCAGAAGGAGUGGUGUGUCACCAUGAGCUUUUUGUGGCUGCAGCUCAACAUAACCCACAUGACAUCUUAAAGGAACUCCCAGCUCCCAUCCUGGAUGAUGUUGCUGUCCAUAAACCAGUGGAGCAGCCCAGGCUGUCUUGCGACCCCACAGACAGUUUGGAUUCCAUGAAGAUUGCCUGGCGCUAUCAGAAUCUUCCAAAAGUACAGAGUGCCCUGGCAUCCUCGUCCCGGUUUGGUCACUACUACGAUGUCUCCAAGACAAUGGAGCCGGAAAUCCUCCAGGCGGCCAAGUGCCACUGCUUCUACCUUCCAGACCAUCCUACCCAGUCAUCACCCACACACAGUCCCAUGCUGGAGUCCUACUCUACAUUGUUGAAGUCACUUCAAGAGGUCAUACACAGGGAGGGCUUUGAUGUAGCAGCACCUAUGUCAAAGUCACGGAACAUCUUGCGCAUUGGGCUUCACUCUCUUGGCUCAGCUCUUUGGAGUGAUGACCUGAGUUGCCAUGACAACCCUAGACACCGACACGCACUCACUACCUUUCUCUACGGCCUGCGCGCUUUGCUGAGGUCAUCACUGUCGGUUGCAGUGGUUACUGUGCCAUCACAUCUCAUCCAGGACAAAGCUCUAAUGGGCAGUAUAACCAGGCUAUGUGACAAUGCCAUAGCCCUGGAAUCAUUCAAAGGCUCUGAGAGAGAGACCAACCCACUCUACAAAGAUUACCAUGGCCUGCUACAUGUUCGCCAGGUCCCUCACUUGAACUGCCUGGCAAGUCAGCUCCCUGACCACAAGGACCUGGCCUUUAAGCUCAAGAGAAAACAGUUCAGUAUUGAGAGACUGCAUUUGCCUCCAGACUUGUCUGAGACGGUGAGUCGUGUGAGCAGGGGGGAGGGCGGGAGCGCUUCAGCCUGUGGCUCGGGUGCAUCCGGAAACAAACACCUGGACUUCUAGAACUCCCACACAGUCGCCAUGGGCAACCAGCACCUGGAACGCUGAAGCGUUGUCCUCUUUACCGUGGUGACCAGGAUGUUCCCUCGCCCACAUAAUGUCAACCAUGAUAACCCUGCCAGCCAUUACCACCUGACAACUGGCCCAGCCAGGGGUGACGAUCUAAACACCCUCUUCUCAUGGCAGACACAUUUCAUAUUAUAUCUCAAGUCCUUUUUCGUAUAUAAACAUACAGCGCUCUCAGGGCAGUUUUUUCCUACUCUGACAGCUGAUAUUUAUACAUUUCAUGCUGCCAUGAGAUGUUCAUUGACUUAUUAUAUUGGUUGGGUUUUUAUACACAGGGAGGCAUUGUUUUUGUUAUUGCUUUUUAUUUGCCUCUGGGUUUUUCAUUUACUUGUAAGGUGUAAUCAUGAGACAUGUUUUAGUCUUUACACAAUCUCACACUUGGCAAACAUGAAAUAAUGGAAGUGGCUUUUGUUACUCUACAUAAAAAGUGACUACUUCUGCCUAGCUCCACCAUGUGCAGUGCUUUUGGUUUAUGGAUGGAAUAUACUUGCGAUUAGAUAAAUAAAAGAAAUGGUAUACAAAGUACACAAACACAUUCUCUUAAUUCAAAUUCUACUUUGCUGUGUUUCAGCACCAGCUCUGAAAGAAGAGUUGCCUAUCUCUGAGACUCUGAGAGGAUGAGUGUGUUAUGAAUGACUGAUCUGUGGUCUUCCUCACUGGUUUCAGGUUCACACAGGGAUCCCUCCAUCUGACCUCGACACUGUGCCCGUGAGUGACGUGUACCUCCAGUAAGCUGGAGAGCUGAGCGUGAAUGUGGGCAGAGGGUAGGAGAGCUGGCUUUGGGUGCAGGCUUCACAGCUCAUCAGGCAUGUUUGCUGGAUGAGCUGCUUUACCAUGACAAGCCCAAAAGAACAAAUUAGGUCAAAUGGUGACAUGGAGAAAGAGAGAAAAAACAAUAUGAAAAAUUAAAUGUUUCAUUUUUGUUUUCCUCAGUCUGCUGUUGAUGCCAGUUUGAAUAUCUUUGCCUGUAAAAACUGGCAGGAUUGGUAACCAUCUGCAGCAUGUUGGGAGAGGGUAGCGUUACCUGACAGUUUCGUGCAUGGAUGGAGUGCUCUCAUACUGGGUGAAUGAGAGCGAGCAGGAGAUAACACAGGUCACUUAUACAGGUGAACAAAAGCUUAUGUUGUCAAGAUAAUACAAGUUAUUGUUGCUGAAGAGCUGACUUUUGUUGUACACUUUUAAAGUAGAUUAAAACUGAAUACAUUUAUUAUGGCAUUUGUUUAUCACGUGUCUUUUUUUUUUGUCUUACACUUGCCCUGUCUCCAUGUCACCAUAGUCCUGAUUCACUUUUGUCCAGAUAGUUCAGAAAGUGAAUUUUUUUUUUACCUUAGUUUAAAAUGUCUAAUUUUUUUUCUAUGCACUUCAUAAAGAAUAAACAUUCUCACAUUUUUAUAUCAGGUACGAGUUCAUUUAGUGAAUUGAUGCCAGUUUCAGUAUUCACAUUGGACCAAGCUUAAUCUUUAUGCACAUUCAGUUCACAUUUAUAAAUGUAUAUGUGCAGAUUUUUAACAUUAAAUUAAACG